AUGAGACGACGGUCCCCCUUUGAGCCGCAGCGACCGAACGGCAGAGAAGCGAGAGACGACAACGGGGGGUCAACGGAGAGACGGAAAAGAAGACGAAAAGAAGAGACGAAGAAGGGACGAAGAAAGCACGAAGAACGAAGGGGGACGGGAGACAAGGGCGUGUUUGUGCGUGCUACCCUAACCCAUGUCAUCUUCCGUCUUUUGGGUUCUUUAACGGCGAUUGUCCCCGAGAUACUUACUUAUAUCGACAUCGACAUCAACAUCAAGAACCCAAACCCUCAUUCAUGCACGGCAUGCCACUUCGGCUCGGUCCUGUGCCUUGAUCUGGUUGCAUGUCAUCGCCAUCUCGACCAGCUCCAGCUUUUGCCACAGAGAGGGAGAAGAAGGGAGACACCAGGCGAAGAAGAAGAACAGGAGGGAACUGCUCGCGUGUCCCCUAUCUUGCCGCAGCCCACUUGGAGUGCAACGGUAUCCCACAAUGCUGACGAGGCGAUGGAGUGCCCCCUUUUUCUCGUGGGCGGCCAUGUCUGGGGCUGCCGUUGGAAGGAGGAGGAGGUGGACUCUCAUAAUACUACGACUACUACUAAGUACCGACCUAACUUACUAGAGCCCGUCCAUCUCCGUGAGGUCCGAGGCAAGCUGCCUAAGGGGCAGAAGCGUGAAACGCUGGUCUGGGAAGGGCGUUCUGUCUGCUUUUAUGUGGCCAGCCCCUUGGGCAGCAGCGGCUGA